GCCAAAGUACUAGUUGUAAGGUGAAGAUGGCGAAGGUGCUGCCGCAACUCAACUUUUUUAUCAUCCUUGUUCUUCUUGGUUCAGCUAUGUUCACGAAAGCCAUUGUCAAAGAAAAUAACGCAAACGGGGUGACGUCGGCUGAUCCCAGCUGCAGAAAGAUUAUAUAUGGUUCAUAUUGCCCCGAGCCAAGAGGGCCACUCCGGCUAGGAAAGGAAGAUGAAUGCAGCGUAAGAUGUUCGCUGGCUGAGCCCAACAGUGUGUCAAUUUGCGAGGGAAGGCCACCCACUCCAAAUGAAAUAUAUUUUUGUGUGUGCGUGUUGCCUUGCUAG